CUACGCGGAGUCGGGUGUCUCCGUAUUCUGACUGUAAUCCCUAUAAAAGCUCUGUUGUUUUGUCGGAGAGAGCUUUGAAGCUCGAUCCCGAAUUUCUGCAAUGGUGGAAAAUGCUGAAGUCCCCAAAUCAUCAGACGAGAAUCCCAAGCAGUCUCAGGCACCCACCUUUUCUGGUUUUCCACCUUUUCCGAAUGCUGAAUUCCAGCUGCUUCCAAUCAUGUACCCUACGCUCGUGCCAGGGUAUAUCCCUUUGCAAAAUCAGGAACAGAAUAGCCGUGGUGGAGGAAUUUAUGCUGUUCCUGUUCUUCCUUUUAUGGGGCCGAUGGCUGGACUUCCUUCUAACACCCUUAUCCCUCUCACCUACAAUGUCCCCACAAGGUCAAAUGCUGCUGAGGGAGGAGCAGUUGGUGAGGAGGAUGGGCAAGAAGGAAGGCAACAACAUCCACCGCAAAGACAAGUUGUGAGGAGAUUUCAGUUUGGGUUUCAGCUCGACUUGUUGCUCAUAUUAAAGCUGGCAGCUGUAGUCUUUAUGUUCAACCAAGAUGGAUCAAGACAACGGCUCAUCCUUCUACUCUUCUUUGCUUCGUUUGUUUAUCUAUAUCAGACUGGAGCUCUCACCCCUCUUAUAAGAUGGCUUUCACAAGGCAUGCAGAGGGCAGCAGCACCUCCACAACUAGCUGUCAGGGCAGAGAAUGGUCCUGCUGUUAGGCCAGAGGAUGAGAAUGCUCCUCGGCCCGAGGGACAACUCGGAGCGGAGAAUGACAAUCAGCCACCUGACAACAGAAACCAGCCACUGGAGAACGAAAACCUUCCAGAACCCGGUAGAAGGGAUGGCAUCAACUGGUGGGGCGUUGCCAAGGAAAUCCAGAUGAUUGUUGUUGGCUUCAUGACUUCCCUUCUUCCGGGAUUCCACAACGUCGAUUAGUUAAAAUCCACGGGUUAUUAACUUCUCAAAUUGAUGUAAAUUGGACGAAAGAAAAGUGAAUAAGUAUUGUAUUAUGCCAUCCCUUGUGUUUAAUGUUGAUGAAUAAUUGUUUUGGCGUUC